AUGUUGCACAUCGCAAAACAAAUUGUGAAUGGGGAGGAUAUCGACAGUAAUAACCCCAACGCCUCACCUUUGGGUCGACUCUCACGCAGCUGCUCCGAGGCACCGCGCAGGCUGUUAAAUGUCAUUGUUGCACUCCGGAAAAAGAACACGUUAAUCAUAUUCGGGUUCUUUGAUUUCGAUGCAUGCUUCUCGGCUGCCUUUGUUAUGAUCUUAUCGGCAAUCAUCGAUUCCUUGUCCGAUGGCCAUCCCGGGCACACCCAAUCACCAGGGCUCCGCGACGCGCUUGAGACAUUGGAAUAUCUUGCAGAUCGAGGAAACAAUUUCGCGCAGCGAGGUCUUCACGAGGUCAGCCAAACAUGGGCCCAUUUGUCAGCAUAUCUGCAACGACGCCAGCAGCGUACGCAGGACACGGAAGAGCCGGACGUCGUUUCGACUUCUGUCGAAGGGAGUGAUCUCCCAAAUGGCACGUAUCCCGACGCCAACCCCACCGCGAUGGUUUCACGCAUGCGUGCCAUGCCCGGGAUUGGGCUGCAUUCGGCUACGGAGAAUGCUUGUGCCUCUGGGCCCCAGUCUGACGGCGCGGUGGCGGGCAUUCGGCAUCCUCUGUUCUCCGCGAAUGAAGGGCUCAGCGACGCCCUCCUCCUGGACACUGAUCUGCUGGACGACUUUGCCCACCUCUGGGAUGGGGAUGUGGAUCCUCAAUCUAGGAGUUUUUUUCCAGGAGCUUCUGAGUUGGGGUCCACUGAUGGAGAUGGCCUGCACCAUUUUCUCUAUCCACUUUAUCACAAUCUGAACUUAGACCUGACAGGUGGCGAUAUGGAGGACUUUACAGAGUUUCGGAGGAGCGUGUUGAAUCUCUAA